GCUUUCCAUCCCCAAAAAUUCGUUCCCUCAAACAGCUUUUAGAAAUCAGAUGGUCGGACCAAAUUCACCGUAUGUUAUAGACCAUGUCGGUCUGGUGCCACUGAUUACCAUUGGCUUGUUGCUCUCAGCCACAGCCAUAGUGGCUCUAUGUGCCAGACACUCCGGUCAGGUCAAGAGAUGUCCAGCCCCAGUGCCUGACGCAUCCACCAAAUCGACGUCCGGUCUUAAUUUGGCUGCUCCAAAGUCACCCGGACCAUAUCAUAUCACAAAACAGCUUGAGGCGUCAAUGAGCAAGAAGGGGAUGAUCCCAACUUCUAAGAAGAAGGAAAUAAAUGGCGAGUCUAGGACCCAUGAGGAGAUAAAAGAUGAGGACAUGGAAGGAUUCGGGGAAGGCGGGGUAUGGCAGAAAUCGAUCUUGAUGGGAGAAAAAUGCCAACCACCAGAGUUUUCAGGUGCGAUAUAUUAUGAUAGUCAGGGUAAUCAACUCCCCGAGCCACUGCCAAGGUCGCCAAUGGCCAUCCCUUUGCCAAGCUAUUUCUCGAUUGCCAUAGAGAAAGAGCCAACAAAAUAACGGUCUCCAUCCUCCUCGGAGACACUUUUGUUUGUGUAUAUUCCUAUGAGACACUUCUGAUCCCACACCGCUCAACUUUGCUGAUCUACAUCAAAAACAAUUCGGGUGUCGAUUGUAUUCUGAAAAUGCAGGCUGCUCUUUAGUUCGGAACAGCCUCGGUUGUUAUAAUAUAUAUUAGAGAAUGAAUAUUAGAUCUAAUUAGUAGUGAUGAGUCCAUCGAUUUGCCCUAUUUUUUACCAGCAAAUGAAGCUGCAUGCAGAAGAUGCAUAAGAACAACAUUGUUACGUAUGGGUACUCAGAUGAAUUCCUAGUUGUUAAUGAGUCCAAUUCCUAUUCAGGAAACCAGACGUCCAAUAAAACAUAACAUCUCUUAUAUUAU